AUGUCUGGUAACGAGAGCCACAAUGGCGAGGGUCUCCAAUUAGUCCUACAUCUCAGCAACAAGCGUGUCCCCUCUCUUUCCGAUAUCCAGUUCGCCGACGACAACAUGGGUGCGUUCAGCGCUUUCGUUGCCCGCCGAAUGGAUCCCGAGGCCGCAGAGAAUAGCGGCCUGCGGAGAUGGCGCAGACGUGCGAAUACGGUCGCAAGAGGUAAGUUCGUUUCGUCUGGCAAGGCUUGGAAGGGCAGUGAUGCUGAUAUGGCAUCGCGCAAAGGUCACGACGGCCAGGACGUCAAGGAGUCUUGGGCCAGGCGUGCGGCGAAGGGUCUCUGGGGACGCCUCCAUAAACAUGACGGUCGAUCAAAGGAUGUGGAGGCGACUGGGACUGCGUUGAGGCUCGAGCCGGACAACAACCAUUCUACGGGGAUGAGUACACAGCUGCUGAUCUCUGCCCCUGUGGCUUUCCAUUCCGAUGACGUUCCGGAGAGUUCUAUCCGCGAUAACAAUGCGACUGCGAUUAAAGAUUCCGGAAAUGUACCAGCACCAGUACAGGAUGCGCAUGUAUGGCAGCACCUUGCAAUCGAAUCAUCCUCAUCCACAGCCGACACCGUCUCCUCCUCAACGACCAUUACCACCACCCACUUCGGAAGCCCACUGACACGCUUUCCUCAUCAUACACAUGCGCGAAGUCCCACACCCGACUGGAUCCCGGCUUCCACAAGUCCCCGUAUCUCGGACGUCUCUACCGCCAUCGAGUCGCCCUGGGGUUCUUAUCUAUCCGUUGACCCCCACCACGAGCUCAUCAACAGCAUCGAACGAUUCCAAUCCGCGCUUCUCGUGGACUCCAGCAUGAUUGACAACAUCUGCGGCGACGUACGAGAUAUACUUGAGAUAGCUAGCAAUAACUUGCUGACCGUCGGAUGCGACCUACAAAGGCUGCUGGUCAUCUGGCGUAAGAUCACCGGCAACGCAGCGAACGUUGCUGUGCUUGAGGCACUGUACCCGUGUGCCCUUGUAAGCAAGGAGCAUGUCGCAAAAGCUUGCGUAGACAUGAAGAAAGGGCUUCAGUCCUAUCGCGACUGGUCGGACAUUGUGGCUCGCAACAAGAGGAUAGCCCAAUCUCAGAACGCUAUCAGUCAUAUGUGGUGCGCAGCCUUAAACCAGAAGAUGAAAGCGCUCGACGUGCUCGAAGCGCUGGACUUUGACGAUGUUGCUGCUCAGGUAGAGCUUGUUAUGAGGAAGUACAUCGGUGCUGGGGAGGAAGUCGCGACUUUAGGUGGACCAGCUGCACCUGCCAGCAUGACUAACACCUCGCUGCCUAGCGCCAUUGCCAGAUGCCGCCGCACGUCGCCUUCACUGAGCAAGCGCCUGUUCUCUACACUGUCGCGACCAACAUCGCGAUACCCACAGUCAUGCCAGUCGCCUACGCCUACCGCACCCACGUCAAGGCUAUCACUCCCAGCAGCCUCGGUGCAACAUGGAAGCCAGUUUACGCCAGCCGUAGGAAGCGCCCCCAGCCAUGUUCAGCCUGCAACAGCUAGGUCGGGGUCGACUGCGUCUACCACGAAUGCGCCCAGCUAUGCCCGGCCGACGAAAGCAAGCCUGGGAUGGCGCCAACCGGCAGCCAGCAUGACUGCAUCCAGCGUCGCAACAACUUAUCGAUCGCAUCGUCCGGCUUCUGCGACUGAUGGUUAUCGGGCGACUCGGGUACAACUCCAGAGCACCCCAAACAACGAGCACAGAGGCCCUUCACCUGAUCUCGAACACGCUCCGCCCAUCCCACCCAAGUCCAUCAAGAGACUGAUAUCUAGAGCGUCCUCCCCGUUGCCCGCUCACCUACGCUCGGACUCAGCCCUAUCGCUGAACGACGUAGCCACUACACGGCGCAGUACCUGCUCUUCAAUCUAUACUAACAGCAAGCUUCCUGUAAAGGCCAAUGGCACGAGUAAUCCAAGUUUCCUUCGACCUGCCGGAGUUGAUGCGCGGACCGAGCAUGACGCGGACACGCCCCGCGUACCUACAUCGCGUCUUGUGUGCGACAAGCUCGCCGUCCGCGUCGAUCACAGUCGGAAUCCCAGCAUCACCACGCAUGACAUGGCCGUCAGAAUGGACGAGAUACGCGCGAGGAUGAGUCGGAUGACGGCAGGUAUGAAGGCAAGGAAGUUGAAAAGAGAAAAUAACGUCUCUAGAAGUGAGCUGACAGUGGAUGCGACACAAGAUGGGCGGACGAAAGCUACAGAUGACGCGCACGCCCAGAAAGACCAGCGAGGAUAG